AUGCCAUACUCGGCUCCCGACCAAAACCCAAUCAACAUGCUCGUAACGUCAGAAAGGCACAGAACGAGAAAAGACGUCAGAGAUAUUCACUCCACAUCCCCACUUUCUGUCUCACCACGGCCUCGAAGAUCAAAUUCAGAAACAUGCCCCCCCAAAAUCGACCUCAAAGCCUGUAUGUCCGUUUUAGAAGCCUGCGAAGAUAUAAUCCGAAAACAAAACGGUGAAAUAGUAAAAUCUUCCCUAAAAAAAGCAAAGUCGGCUCCAGUCACACCUACCUGUCCCAAGACUGUCCAUUUUGAUGAGAACGAUCUCGAGCAUAUAAAAUGGUUCUUUGAACAAGAGAAACCAAGAGCAGUCAGCGCUGAGGUAUCGUCAGAAGAAGAGUUCUCAUCCGAUGAUUCCGAAACUUCUUUGUCAGAAGACGAGGAAGAACUCGAACUCGUUAUUUCCUUACCCAACUUUCCGCGCAUUACAACAAUGCACAGUUCAAAACGAGUUUUUCUGGAAAAGGUUUAUCUUUCCCCUGAUAGACGCGCACUGAUGGGGCGUAUUCACGUCCGAAAUCUGGCAUUUCAAAAAUCAGUGUCCGUCAGAUAUUCUUUCGACUUUUGGCAAACGUAUUCGGAGAUAUCUGCCACAUAUUCUGAAAAGGCCCCAGAUCGCAAGAACAGCAACUUUGAUGUAUUUGUCUUCUCCAUUGAAUUCAUAGAUAAUUCUCGUAAUCCGAUAGACGGCCGUACCAUGUACUUUGCCGUCAGGUAUAACGUGAAUUUAACCGAUUACUGGGACAAUAACAACGGAUCCAACUAUCAAGUAGAUUUUAAGCGUGUCCAACGAGAGCCCGUCAAGUCAAAAUUUCGAAAAAGUGCAUACAGAGUGAGUAAGAGUCAGUACAAGACGAAAAAAGAGGCGCCUAUUAAUGAAGAAUUUGCUCGCUCACCCCCAUCGGUUGUAUCACUUUGUUACACGUCUUCGAAUGCAAAGAAGAAGUUUGUCAUGAACAGGUAUAACAUUAAUGAUUCGUUGUCCGCGGCGAUGACCACUUCUAGACCGAAAUCGUUACAACCAACACGCUGCGACGGGGAUGCAGAAACUCAGAGGCCUGGGGCCUCUCGUCAAUUAUCAUCAUAUAGCCCUCCAACCAUCUCUUACGUUAACAACGAAUUGAAUAAGGCAUUCUUCCCAGUUAACCGUAUUGAGCCCAGCGUAGAGUCAAACAACCAAUGGGAUUUCGGAAAACAUGGCAAGAUGACAACUUCUACUCCAAUCGCCAUCCCAUCAAAACCAGCAAUUGGAUCGACAUCUUAUUUCGAGCUUGUUGAACGAUAUUGCUUCUUCCAGGGUACACGUACAGGAUCAUAUGCUAAUUCCCCCCCAAUCGGAGCUUCUUCAUAA